AGGAUGCGCCCAGCAGCGGCUUCGCCUUCUCCGCCGAGGACCCCGGCGGGGCCUCGCGCCCGAGCUCCUUCGCCGCGACCGACGAGCUGCCAGGGAGUGGCGCGCCCGACCUGAGCACGGCGGUGGACUGGGUGGACACCCUCGAGCCCGACCUUGGCCACGCCGCCGCCGGGGAGGCCUACGCCGAGGAGCACCUGGGCCCCACCCGCCGGGCCGGCGCCGGCGCCGGCGGCGGCGGGCCAGCGCCUUGGGGGGGCUGGCCAGACGCAGGCGGGGAGGCGCCGCGUGCGGCCGAGGCUUGGGAGCCCGACGACGACGAUGACGACGACGUCGACCUCAUGGAGGAUGCCCGCCCGCACCGCAGCUUCGUCGGCGAGCCCCGCGAGCUCGGGCCCCCCGCGCGCGGCGGGGGGCGCGCGGGGGCCCAGGGCGGGCCCCGGCGGCGGCAGCUGUCCGGCGACGAGGAGAGGCUGCAGAGCCUGCUCGACAGGGGCGGCUCCGCGGGGUUCUAGCGCGGCCGGGGGCGCUCGCGUCUGUCCAUCCCCGAUUAGGGAAGCAAGCAGUGACGUAAACAUAAAAUUUUUGAGGUCCGCGCAGAUUUCUCGGAUCGGUGCUGGUUGCCCCUGGAGGCGCCGCUGGGGGGCCCAGCGCGGAUCCAAGAAGUCGGCGCGAAGCGGCAAACAUUUCUGCUUCUGGCGCUGCUUCUUCUUCUUCUUCUUCUUCUUCUUCUUCUUCUUCUUCUUCGGCCCUGGCUUUCGCCUCGUGCCUGAAAUCUCCAGCGGGCGAUCGGGACGCUGCGCUCGCCGCCUCUGUAGUGCAGCCGACCCCGGCACAGGCCGGGGGCGGGCGAGCGUGGCGCCUCGGCGCGCGCCGCCGCGGCGGGCGCCCCGCGGGAGGGAGCACGAGGACCAC